AUGCUUACUUUAUUUGUUCAAUAUUUUUACCUGUUGCAGAUACAUUCUACUGCAGAUUCAGCGGUAAGCCACAACGGCGGAAUUGGACUGGAGAACGAUGUCUACGGUGGCAGAUCAACAACUGAUUACUUCCGUUCGAAAACAAUGCCCAGGAGGACCGGAACGACAACCGUGAUGGACGACUACGACUACGGUAACGGUAAUGACAGCGAAGGGACCGCCACGGCUGCCGGCGGCGGUGGUCACCGACAGUGGCCCACGUCGUCGGCGGACAUCGUCGAGUACGAUUCGUCCGCGGUCGCCGACACGCCGACGCCGCAGCAACAGCAACAAUUUCUACUACCUCAUAACCAGCCACAGCAACACCAGCACCAUCUGCAGCAGCAACAGACGAAUGCGUUCCCGCAGAAGCCCGGCGCCUCGGUGUCUGCGUACGACCCGAACUCAGGCGCCGGCCGACGUGCCACCCAAGCCGACCACAACUUAUCGGCGGGCGGUGGACACAAGUCCACGGCCAAGUGGAAGACCCGUGCCCUGUACGUGUUUCUCGCUUGCCUGCUGGCAGUCGUCGUCGUCAACCUUACGCUCACUCUCUGGUUCAUCCGGGUCACGCAGUUCACGUCGGAGGGCAUGGGAUCUAUGAAGAUCACACAUGGCGGUCUCCGGUUGUCCGGCCGGACAUUGGUCACCAACAGGCUGGUGGCGUCGGCUAUACGCUCUCGGCCCGGACUUCCGCUUCUCAUCGAGUCCACUACUAACGUCACGUUGACUGCUCGCAAUUCACAGGGACGCCUGGUGAACAGUCUCAAAUUGACUAAAGAUGGUUUGGAAUGCGCACAAGCGAGCGUGUUCAAAGUGACCGAUACACGCGGCGAGACGCUGUUCUCGGCAGACCGCAGUAAAGUGAUAGUCGGUGCCCAAGAACUUCGAGUCACGGGUUCCGGUGGUGCCGUUUUUCAAGGCAGUGUCCAAACGCCAAUGGUUCGAGCCGAUUCUCGACACGACUUGAGGUUGGAGUCAGCGUCCAGGAGACUAGAGCUGAGUGGUCCCCAAGGAGUGACUAUCGAGUCCAGGGCCGGUGACAUAACCGUAUCGUGUCUGAUGGACGUCAAGUUGCAGUCGAUAGCAGGAGCGAUACAAAUCGACGCUGCCAAGGUGUUCCUCAAGGGUCUGAAGACGGUCAAGACCACGUCUUCGGGCAACAUGGCAGCGGCGGCUGCGGACGUGGACGAUAUCGGUAAGUCGACCGGCCAACAGAAUUCCAUCGUCGGCGCAAAAAAGAGGGGCGCCGAAGACAAGUUGCCCAGCGUGUACCAGCUGUGCGUGUGCGGUAACGGCAAGGUGUUCAUGUCGCCGCCGGACGGUCAGUGCGCCGCCGACAACGAGAGCCUGGUGUGCCGGUGA